GGGCCGAGAUGGCGGAGGGCGGUGGGACGCGAGGCGAGGGUCGGAGCCGGGCCUUGUCGGAGGCACUUAGGCCCAGGGCGGCCCUGUCCCCAGGAGACCCCCUCCGCCGGGCGCACCUGGUGACCAGUGUUGCUGUUCCAGCGAGCCUGAGUAAACAUGAAGCUCUUAUCUUUGGCGGCGGUGAUCGGGUGUUUGCUGUUUCCCCUAGCUCAAGCCAGCAAGAGUUCUGAAGAUAUCCGGUGCAAAUGCAUCUGUCCACCGUAUAGAAACAUCAGUGGGCACAUUUACAACCAGAAUGUGUCACAGAAGGACUGGGCCUGAUUUGGGUUGGACCCCUCUCAGCUGCUCCUGAGACCCCACCCUGGCCUUUUGGGAAAUGCGCAGAUCCCGCUGCAGUGCUGUGAUGACACGUCCAAACUGAGGAUCCCGUGUGGCUCAGGAAAGCAAGGAAUCUGGACCCCGGGAGGCUGGUGGAGACUUGCUGGACGGGGGAAAGUCAUGAUCCCUUUGGGCGGGAAUGAUGACCAAGCGCCAUGUAUGAAUCUGGCCUUGUCCAUCAGCUCCUCCCAGCGGAGGCAGCCUGCAGAGUCUGGAAGGAGUGCAUUUAGUUGCAACAGCAGGGGACCCUUUCACAUGGCAGGGAGUAUUGAGGUGUGGAAAGUGCCAAAGAUGGAACUGGCAUCAGCAGGGGUUUAGAUAAACGCAUGUAUGCUACGUAGUGGAUUUUUAGGUGGAACAGAGAUUUUUAGAGACCAUCCCAGUUUUAUUUCAAUACUUGUUCUUCACAUUGCACACCACUGGUGUUUCUGCCAGAGACCCAGCCUGAGUCUAGAAAGACUCUGAGAGGUGGGCCUAGAAGGACAGGCCUGACUGUUUAUCAGGGCAGUCUGAGAGACCCUGGGGAGCUGUGCUUGACUUUUGCAGGAUUCCUGUCAGAGCUGGAAACGACAGGCCCAAGGCACCAGGCAUGUAGUGGCAGAGCUGGACAGCGUAGGCCUGGCUGUCCAUCACACCUUGAUGCCCGGUUGGCCUUUGCAGAUCAUUAAGGGGUUUUGUUUGAUUUUUUUCUCAGUGUUAAUGAGCAAUGUGCAUUCCAUAGGGAUUUUUGCUUACUCGUUGUAGUCUAUGAACCACACAGUUGGAAGCAUGCUGAUCUGAGGAAGACUGGGAACAAGAUGCCUGAGUUAAGAGCUGGGCAUGGGCCUCACUGAAGUUGAGUGUCAGAUGGAAAGGCUUUGAGGCCAAAGAUCUGGAUUUGAGUCCUGGCCUCACCAUCGCUAAGGAGAUGCCACUUUGCCUUCCUGAGCCUCAGUUUCCCUCUCUUUUAAUGCAGGGCCUGUAUUCUUGGUCUGCCCUACUUGGGAACACUGCUAGCAACUGCCUGCACGUGGUGGAGCCCAUGCCGGUGCCCGGCCACGACGUGGAGGCCUACUGCCUGCUGUGCGAGUGCAAGUACGAGGAGCGCAGCACCACCACCAUCAAGGUCAUCAUCGUCAUCUACCUGUCAGUGGUGGGUGCCCUCCUGCUCUACAUGGCCUUCCUGAUGCUGGUGGACCCCCUGAUUCGAAAGCCAGACGCAUACACCGAACAGCUGCACAACGAAGAGGAGAAUGAGGAUGUUCGCUCUGUGGCAGCAGCCACUGCCUCCCUGGGGGGACCCCGAGCAAACACAGUCCUGGAACGCGUGGAAGGUGCUCAGCAGCGGUGGAAGUUGCAGGUGCAGGAGCAGCGGAAGACAGUCUUUGAUCGGCACAAGAUGCUCAGUUAAAUGGGCCAUUGGAGUCGGCUCAAGGACUAGAGGCCAUGGCUACUGGCUUCCCAAAGUCACAGGGUGGACAGAGCCAGGGGACCACUUCCGCCUUUCCCUCAAUGCCACGCUUCCCCAAGUCUUCCUUUAAAAGCCCAUGGCAUAUUCCUGUCUCACCCUCUCUUUAGAUACGUUGUACUUAGCUGGUUUGUUUGGGGAAGAACGCUGGGGUCUCUGAUCUCCAGUGUGCCUGCUCGGGCAUUUGGGGUUGAGGGAAGUGGGGAGGCAGGCCAGAAGGGAUUGGAGACAGCUCAGAGAGUCUCUCUCUUUCCUCCACCCCUGCCACCCUUCCAAUUCCAAAUCUUGGGAAUUUUAUUACCCUUUGGAAGAUGGUGCUGGGUUAUCAAGAACUCGGCAUUGGGGAAGAAAGCAUGGCCAAGCAUUCAGCACGUUCUCCCUUCUGCUUUCUGAUUUGUCUGCUGGGCAGGGGUUCCUGUUACCAAUGCUGACACCUCAGCCCCAGCUUGGCCUGGUUCCAACCCUUGGGAACAGUUCUGAUGGAAAAGCAGAUUCCACUUAGCACGCAAUGUGGUCUUCAGAGCACACCUGGAAGUUUAUUCCAACUUCCUUCUACCGCCACUGAUGCUUGCCUGUGCCCAUGCCCGUGCAUUCUUGUUUAUCCCACUGCCCGUCCACUCACUCCUGCUUCAGGAGGCCUGGGCAGUCCCUUUGGCCUCUCCCCACGUCUGCAGGUGCUGAGCCAGACAGUGGCACAGACCACGUGACACAGGAGUUUGGGCAGUGGGCCUGAGGACCAUAGUCUUGUCUUUGGAGCGCCACUUUUCUUGACUUUCAUUGUACCAAUGCAUGGAGAGAAAUGCCUGUCAUUUUAGUGUUGUCUGUAACUAAUGGAAGCCUUCAUUAAAUUGUCUUGUUUCUCUCAC